AUGUUGAGAGCCUUCUUGGGUUUGCCUGAGGAGGUCACCGAUCCUUCGGCCCCCAGGGUCACUGCAUACUCGCUGCGAGGCACUUGCUUGGGCUGGGGAGGUAAGUUCGGGUUCGACGAGGACCUGAAAAGCAUCUUGGGGAGGCAUGCUUCCUCAGUCAAGACAACGCAAGCCAUCUACAGCAGAGAGCUGUCGGCGGCGCCGGUGAGGCGGCUUCAGGACAUGAUUAGGGAGGUUGCAGCGGGGAACUUUUUCCCUGAUAACAGCCGCUCGAGUUACUUCCCGAGGCGAGCCGCUAGUGAUGGGGCGUCCCCGUCCAAAGGAGCUGAGAAGCCCGACCCUGUCAAAGUUGAGGUGGUCAGCAGCGACGAUUCCGAGGCAGGGAACUCUGUGUCUUCAGACAAUGAGUGCAGCGACUCUUCCCAGUCAUCGCAGUCCUCCUCCUCGUCAUCUGCGAGCGAGGCGGUCCAGCCUGCUGUUCGCAGGUGGAAGCGAGCUAAAGUCGAGGUGCCAGACCAGGUGUGGUAUGUGAACACUUCGAGUGGGGUCUUGCAUCUGCUAGCUAGCCCCGAUGAUGUUCCGAUGCUGCUCGCAUGUGGGCGGCCCGUAAGUGGGAACUAUCGUGAAGCGACGAGAGCCGAAGUCAGUCGUGGCAAAGAGUGUUUGCACAUGACAUGUGAGAUUCUUAGCUACUUGCUUGUGGGCCUCAGUCGCGAAAGCCUCAGGGCACUCGCGGACCAUGGGAUCGAUACUUUGAGCAAGCUGGCUUACUCUUGCGGUCAACCGAGCACUCCUUUGCCUCAAUCUGAGUUUGAUGACUUCAUUUCCACAGUAAUGCCGGCGGCACUCUUGGGUGAGAAAGGAAGCGUGAAGCGACUUCUUUUCGAGAGUCAGGCACUCUUGCUUAAUGACCUCAGGGAACAGGUGACCCAGCCCGAUAAGUGGUCUACACGUGACGUCCCGACAGUUGAGCGUCAGAAGAGGAUGGAAGCAGUGCGUGCCAGCAUACCGGGUGUUGUGCUUGAGGGGUCAUUGGAGCCCUCCCACGGGCUCUUGAAUGCAGCUUGUCGAAUGGAAAGAGAGGGGCAGCUUCGCUGCAUAGCCCCCGAGCAGUGUGGCACUCGCAUGUAUGAGAUUCAGAAUGUCAAGGCCCAGAGUAAAGUCCUGUCUUUGGAGGAGGGCAAGUUGGCGAUUUCUGAGGAGAAAGGGUUGCCCGAAGUUGCCUGCGGGUCAGCUUUGUUAUUGCAGGAGGCUCUGAAGCGCCGAGGUGUGGCUCUCCAGUUCGCCGGUGUCGCCAGCUAUGUGGCUCAUGAACGUUAUGUGCUCAAACUCUUUGGGCAUAUGGGGCGAGAGCCCCCUCCAGGCUAUGCCAGGACCAGUGUGCACCAACUCCUUACGGCAGACAGGCAGGUUUGGACGCGAAUGAUCGAAAACGAGAUCAGUCCGAAGAGGAGUGCAGAUGGGACGUACCCUGUCGAUCGGGCUUUGCUCCCCACACUUGAGACAUUCGAUGUUACUGUAGCUCUCCUUCCGCGAAAGUCAGAGGAAAGCAAGAAGAGGGUCGCCACGCCACAUAAGCCCGGGGUUGAGAGGGAUCCCAAAAUCACGAAGCCCACCAAGGGCAAAGGGAAGGGCAAGAAGGGCACUUGGCAGCCCAGUGUGCCAGAGGCCAUCCGUAAGCUGGGUGGAGUUGCCGAGACUCCUGAUAAGAAGCGCAUUUGUUUCUCCAGGAAUCUGCCAUGCGGCUGCACUCAGGAUCCGUGCCCCAAAGGCUUGCAUGUCUGUGCAUUGUGCUUUGCGCCUGACCAUGGUCUUCAGGAGUGUCCGAAGAGAAAGAAGUGA